AUGUUACAAUCUAAUUCGAUGACAUUAACAACUUAUAUGCGUAACAUAAGUCAGUGUUCAAUGAAUCAAUGUAAUUGUUUAAAUUUAUCACCAUCACAUAUUGAACCAUUGAACAACAAUGCAUCUCAUUCACAUCUCCAUCACCACCAUCAUUUUUAUCCAGAUGAUAAGAAAUUUUAUCAAUUACAACUGAAAAUGAAUCAAACAUAUAUUACUGAUAUUAGUAAUAGUAGUAGUAGUAGUGGUAGUGUUCAUAGCCGGAGUAGUAGUGGUAGUGGUAGUAGUAGUAAUCAUAUUGAUAAUAGUAAGAGUAUUAGUAGUGGUAAUACAAGUUGUAUAUUAUCACCAGGAGAUAAAUGUAAAAACAUUGAUCCAAUAGAUUUAACAAAUCCUAUAAAUCGUUCUAAUGAAGAAUUAUUUUCAACAUCACAUCAAAUAUUCCCAUUAGAUGGUAGAAUUCAACGAAGAGAUUGUCAACAAGAAUCUUUAUCAGAUGAUUUAAAUUCACAUUGUUGGGAUGAUUAUCAACAAAUCAAUCGACCAGAUCCACAAUCAUUCACUUCCACAUCUGUUGGAAUGAUGAAUCCAUUCAAUUUACUGAUGUCAUCAUCGUCAACAACAAAAACACCAGCAUCAUCAUCAUCAUCUCCAACGGAAUCGAGUGGACAUUUAUUCAAAGUAUUCAAUCAUGAAUUGAUUCCAUGGUAUAAUGAUCAUAUUUAUUCAGUAAAUCAAUAUAAUUCAACUUCUAAUGACAAUCAGAAUAAUAAUAAUUCUGAUUAUAAUCUCCCGGAUUAUUAUUAUUUGAAUGAAACAAAUUGUUGUUCAAAUAUGUUGACAUUAAAUGAACAGUUAACUAUGUUUACAUGUAAACCAUCAAAUCGAACACAGAACACAGAACAUUAUUAUUCCACUUUGUCAACAAACGAUUUAUUUAUGAUGAAAAAUAAAUUUUAUGAUAAAUUAAAAACUACAAAUAUAAUUAAUCAUUGUAUGAAUACAAAUACUACUGUUACAACUACUGUCAAUAGUACUGAUAGUAAUUGUCGAAUGACAGUUACAAGUAAACCAGAAAAAUAUUGGUCAACUGAAGAUAUGAUGAUUUAUAAUCAAUCGUUAGAAAUGAGAAAUCAACAAUCCCAAUUAAUAUCGAAUUCAUAUUCUAUAACAGCAGCCACUCCCUUGUCAUUGUCAACAAUAACAACUCCUACACCAACAAUCAUACCGCCAACAUUACAUUCCAGUAAAUUAUUCAAUCAAUUUCAGUUGGAUCAAUCCAUUUUAUUAAAUAGCAAUAAUAAUAAUCAUAACAGUAAAAAGAAUUCCACUUGUCAUGCUGGUCGUAAACGUUCAUUAACUAGUGAAUUAAAAACAACGGAAUUCCAUAAACCAAUCACUGAAUCAAUUGUAAAUUCAAAAAAAUGUAAAUUUACUACAAAUACUACUACAAUUAAUCAUUCAAGUACUAUCUAUCCUGAGAAAUAUUUAUCACAUCAACAAGUUAUCGAUCCUACUCUUAAUAAUAAUGAUUCACUUAUUAAUCAAAGACCUGAAUCAAAUUAUAUUGAACAUAAAACAUUCGAUAAAACUCCAGGUCAACAAGAACAAAUGUUCAAUAGUGAAAUAAAUCAAAGGUUCAAUGAAAACAUUGAUGAUCGUAUCAAUAAUAUGAUUGAUAAUGAUUAUAAUGAAGGUGAUGCUGAUGACGAUGAUGAUGUCGAUGACAGACAAUGUUUAAUGACAAAUAAAAAAACUGCUUCACAAAAAUUUCAUCGUAAUGAUGAUAAUAAUCACAGCAAUAAACCACGAAAAGAACGUACUGCAUUUACAAAACAACAAAUAUGUGAAUUAGAAAAAGAAUUUACUACACAUAGUUAUUUGACAAGAUUACGUCGAUAUGAAAUUGCGGUAGCAUUGAAUUUAACUGAAAGACAAGUAAAAGUUUGGUUUCAAAAUCGACGAAUGAAAUUUAAACGAAUGCGGAGUAACAGUAUUUCUAAAGAUGAAACUUAUCCAAUUCAACUAUCAUAUAAUGACGAUGACGAUGUUGAUGAUGAUGAUGAUGAUGAUGACGAUUGA